AUGAUCACGUUGGGUGUUGAGCUGGCUGCCGCGCUUGUGGGGAUGAUCCCUUGGGGCAGCUACGCACAGCCUGGUUCGAAGGGCGCAGAGGAAACCCAGCAGGAAAUCGGAAGGGAAGAGGAAGAAGUCGUAGAGCAAGAAGUUGAGCGGGAGAUCAGCGGAGCCUUUCGUGAGGGCUGGAACUUUGAGGGGUUUGAGGACAUCUUCAGCAUCAAACAAAUAUUGAAGGAUGCGCUAAAGAGCGCAUUUGCCCCUAUCGGGAGAGGCUUUGCUGCUGUGGGUAGGGGCAUUUCUGCCGUGGGCCGUGCAGCGGGCAGUGCGGCUAAAAAUUUCAUCAGUGGCACAGCGCGAAAUAUUGGACAGGACCCUUGGAACACCUUAUUCUCACAGGAUACCUUCAAAGUUGCCAAAGCGGGCAUUGGGAUCGACAGUGCAUUGUCCAAACUUCAGCCACUGAAACCUCCAAGCGCUGCAGCUCUGAAGAACAUGAGCCAAGAAGUCGUGGAGCAGACUGUUCCGAAAAUGUCCGGGGUCUUCGGGACGGACCUGCAGACAUUGGCUGAUGCUUCUUGGAAAGACUGUCUUCCCUUGCAGUUUGGACUCUCCAAAGUGAUGUGUGACCUGUUUUGCAUUGAUGAUGCUGUGCGCUCCGGGACAACUGCGGUGUUGAACAGCUUACAAGAGUCGCAUGACGUGCUGAUGAACAACAUCGAAACAUUGCUCCAAUCUCAGAGCAAAUACUUGCUGUGGGCCAUUGGCACCAAGCUCAACCCAUCCGACUUGGUGGAAACGAAUGAGACACUCCUCUUGCCGGAUUUGAUGCAGGAGCUGAGAGAUUUCCCAAGCGCUGGCGACGAUCUCGUGUUGGAUCGAGAGGUUUUGGCUUGGCACCAAGCGACUGGAGAUGAGCUGAUGUCUCGAAUCACUGCCACAUCCAUCCUCAAUGCUUCGACAGACCAUUGGCCCCACCGGGUGAAAUCGAUGAAGGCGAUGCUACACCACUACCACCAGAGCUUAAGCGAACGCCUUCGACAGAACCGGCCGACCUCCUCUGUGGCCCAAAGCCAAGCUAAAGGAAAGUUGAAAGUCUUGAGUAAUCGGGCCUCAGACCACCGUGACCUCGCACGGGGUCUCCACGAACUUUUGAGUCCCGGACAGAGCGGACUGGGUCGCGCAAGCAGCUUAAAGGCUUUGCCACUUGAGGUCUCACAAGCCGAGCUCGCAGCGAUCUUGCAACCAGUCAUGGAGACCUUCCUCCAUGCCCAUGAAAAGCACAACACCUUCACUAUGCUCCACCUGAAGGCCCUUGACCAGACUGACUACGCUGUGAACUUGGCCCACAACUUCUCUCAGUGUGCAGGCGCCGACGCUGCCGCUUUGCGCGAGGUGUGGCAACGUGCCAUGCGCGCAGAGGAACGGACCAGCGAGGCCUUGUUGGAAGCCUGGUCGGCCACGCUCGCCGCAUCCGAACGCUUGGAGGUGGCCGUGCAGGAAGAAGGCCUCUUUGAGCGCCUCGCUGCGGUCGAUGUCCGGGGCAACCGCCAAGAGCGCCGGGCUCAUGCUGAAUGCGCCCAGCGUGCCAUGUUGGCGCAAGAGCUCUUCGGCCAAGCCGUGGCUGCCGUGGUCCACGCCUUACAGCCCCUGGUCAUUCAGAUCAAUGUCUUCAAGGUCUGGAAGUUUGAGAUCUCCAUGUGCGAAGAUUGGGUGAUUGGUUGCCAGUUUGGAGCUCCCAUCAUGGGAGCUUUGGGAAGUUGGUGA